GAGAGCGGAUGUGAAUUGACAAACACUUUGUUUCGUAAGAGCGUGCCACGCUCAGCAAGUUUCGCGAGUCCCGAACAAGAGAGUCAGUCAGAUCGCAAGUAGGGAAAACGUGAGAUCUUGCGGUCGUGUGUGAUGUGUCAUGGCCAGGCUUCCUGUCAGGAGCUUCGCCACGACCUGCACCAGCCGUAGCGAAGGGCCUUACAGACUGCCUGGCUAUGACAUACCACCCCGCGACACUCCAAGAGCCUCACACGAAAACAACAGAAGGCACGCUGCACUCGUGGCCGACAGACGCAACAUGAUAAACAAGCAGCCACUGACUGAUUCACACUGUGAUGCCCCCACGGGGAUGCACACACAGAUCUCGUCCCAGCACGUCUUGAGUGUCACCACUUCGCUCAUGCGUCGAUCAUGACGUAUCCGGCGUCGAGUAGGAAGAUGAUGAAGAUCCAGUUGACGUAGAACAGCCGGUGGUUGAUGGACGCCGUCGCGAACUUGGUCGCCUGGUAGAAGUGCAGCGGCGACUCGGGCGCCCACGGCUUGAUCUUCUGCGGCUUCCCCGCCGACUCGAUGGCAGGCUUCCCGCCAGCAGGCGCCGUUUCGGUGGCGAAACCACGAGCACCCUGACAUCAACAGGACACAGAGAUGGGACGAGUGGGAAGACGGCGUGCUGUCGCCUGUUGGCACCAAGAGGGUCUCUGCGUUACCUUGGGGCUGCAGCGGAACACAUACGAUGCCUGAAACACAACACAAAGCAGCAACAUCGUGUCACGACUUCCGAGAGGUUGCUUGCACGUGUUGCUGACCUUGGUCGAGGCCCGCCGAGCAGCCGCACCAGCCAGCAUCGGCACAGCUGACAUUGGGGAGAGGGAGAAGGUGAAAAGGUUGCGGGGUUUUUCU